GCCAUUGUGUUUCUGGGAUGCCAUUACGUUUGAGUAAAGUGUUUCUUGUCUCUUGUCUAACUGCAGAUGGAGAAAUAUGAAAAGCUGGCCAAAAUCGGCGAGGGUUCCUACGGCGUGGUGUUCAAGUGCAGACACAGAGACACCGGCCAGAUAGUGGCCAUCAAGAAGUUUGUGGAGUCCGAAGACGACCCCGUCAUCAAGAAGAUCGCAUUGCGAGAAAUACGCAUGCUGAAGCAGCUGAAACACGUGAAUCUGGUCAACCUUCUGGAGGUCUUCAGGAGGAAAAGAAGGCUCCACUUGGUGUUCGAGUUCUGCGAGCAGACGGUCCUCAAUGAGCUGGACAAACACCCCAGAGGCGUCCAAGAGGCUCAGCUGAAGAGUAUCGUCUGGCAGACUCUGCAAGCUGUCAACUUUUGCCACAAGCACAAUUGCAUCCACCGUGAUGUAAAGCCAGAGAACAUCCUCCUCACCAAAACCGGAGUCAUCAAGCUCUGUGACUUCGGCUUCGCCCGCAUUCUGAGACCAGAGGAUGACUACACGGACUAUGUGGCCACCCGCUGGUACCGGGCCCCCGAGCUGCUGGUGGGGGAUACUCAGUACGGGCCCCCCGUGGACGUGUGGGCCCUUGGCUGUGUCUUCGCUGAGCUGCUCAACGGGAAUCCACUGUGGCCCGGGAAGUCCGACGUUGACCAGCUCUACCUCAUCCGAAAAACACUAGGUGACCUGAUCCCUCGUCACCAGCAGGUCUUUCGCUCCAACGUCUUCUUCAGCGGAGUCAGUAUUCCUGAACCCGACACGACGGAGCCCUUGGAAAAGCGCUUCCUUGGCGUGUCUCCUCACGCCCUCCAUGUUAUGAAGUCAUGCCUGGUGAUGGACCCCUCGCACCGGCUGUCCUGUGAAGAGCUGCUGGAGCUGCCGUACUUCCAGGAGGAAGGAGCCAACUGGGCCCGCGAGGGUGAGCGCCCGGGACGAAGACACGACAAGGGCUCCCGACGCAGACAGCCGGGGGCUCAGUACCUGCCUCAGUUACCAAACAGCAACAUCUCACCAGCACCGGAUGUUAAGAAACAGGUGAAGCAUAAAUAUCACCUGCCCAACAUCUGAC